CGACUAGAUUCAGAGGGCGAACAUAAGCGGAGAAGAAUGCCCUCUUUUUUCUCUGCAACUUCUUGCUCGGUUCUUUCCGCUAGAGCCUUCCAAUCUUCCUCAGCUUUCCCCUUCUUACCUCAAAACCCUAGGUCUCUUCCCUCUGCGUUUUCGAAACUUCUCGAGUUCCGGUGCCACCGGAGGAGUAUCAAAUUCAAACAAAAUCACGAACCGAUCAGAACGAGUUAUGCCUGCGUUAAGCUAAAGGAAACCGUCGAGGAUAUCAAGCAAGGCAAAAUCAGGCUCGAUUCUUGGAUCUCUUCUCGGAUUGAAGGCAUCAGUAGAGCUUCGAGUGCAGUCGAGUGUAAAGUCAGGCCUCGUCAUCGUGAACGGCCGCGUCUUCGAUAAGGUCUCGCACAAUUUGAGAGCAGGAGAUAAGGUGAAUUGCGUAAUUUCGGACUUGCAGCCAUUGAGGACUGAACCUGAAGAUAUGCCGUUGGAUAUAGUUUACGAAGAUCAGCAUGUUCUUUUAGUUAAUAAACCUUCACGUAUGGUAACCUCCAGAAGCUGAAGCUGUUUUAGUAUUUUUUGAAUUUUUUCUCGAAUAGCAGUUCUUCUUUUGCUCUUGUUAAAGCAUGAGAUAUUAUGUAUCUUUUUAAUAUUUGUUACCGAAUGCUGAGGUUAAUU